AUGGCUAAUCCGAAUCGAGAAAGCGUUAGCACACGUUUCUCGGAUAAUUAUGAUCUGAAAGAAGAAUUGGGAAAAGGAGCUUUUUCAAUAGUGAGACGGGCUGUUCAGAAAUCUACUGGAUAUGAAUUUGCCGCUAAAAUUAUUAACACCAAGAAACUGUCAGCUCGAGAUUUUCAAAAAUUGGAACGCGAGGCUAGAAUUUGUCGAAAGUUGCAACAUCCCAAUAUUGUAAGACUCCAUGAUUCUAUACAAGAAGAACAUUUUCACUACCUCGUUUUUGAUUUAGUUACUGGUGGCGAAUUAUUCGAAGAUAUUGUGGCUCGGGAGUUUUACUCAGAGGCCGAUGCCUCCCACUGCAUACAACAAAUUUUGGAGUCUGUGCAUCACUGCCACCAUAAUGGUGUUGUACAUAGGGACCUCAAGCCCGAAAAUUUACUGCUUGCAAGUAAAGCUAAAGGCGCCGCUGUAAAACUUGCUGAUUUUGGUUUAGCUAUUGAAGUUCAAGGCGAUCAACAAGCGUGGUUUGGUUUUGCCGGUACGCCGGGAUAUCUGUCGCCUGAAGUUCUUAAGAAGGAACCUUAUGGAAAACCUGUGGAUAUUUGGGCCUGUGGUGUUAUUUUGUAUAUUUUGCUUGUUGGGUACCCACCGUUCUGGGAUGAGGAUCAACACCGACUGUAUGGACAAAUUAAAGCUGGAGCUUACGACUAUCCGUCACCCGAAUGGGAUACAGUAACACCCGAAGCAAAAAGUCUUAUUAAUCAAAUGUUAACUGUUAACCCAAGCAAGAGAAUUACAGCUUCUGAAGCUCUUAAACAUCCGUGGAUAUGUCACCGCGAACGCGUUGCAUCGGUCAUGCACCGACAGGAAACAGUGGACUGUUUGAAGAAGUUCAAUGCACGUCGCAAAUUGAAGGGAGCCAUUUUAACUACUAUGCUUGCUACGCGAAACUUUUCUGGAAAAUCGAUGGUGAACAAAAAAGGCGAUGGAUCCCAAGUCAAAGAAUCUACGGACAGCAGUACUACUUUAGAAGACGACGACUUAGACAAAGACAAGAAAGGCGUAGAUAGAGCGUGUACCGUCAUUUCCAAAGACCAUGACGAGGAAGCGCUUACAAAAGCAGAUUCGUUUGGAAAGGCUCGAGGAGAUAGCAACGCUUCUUUACGCCGUGCUGAAGUGAUAAAAGUAACCGAAGUGCUGAUAGAUGCCGUAAAUAAUGGUGAUUACGAUACUUAUUCUAAACUCUGUGAUCCUAAUGUAACUGCGUUUGACCCCGAUGCAUUAGGUAAUUUGGUAGAAGGUGUGGAAUUCCACAAAUUCUUCAUUGAUAACACUCCCACUCACGUAAAAACCAACACUACUAUUCUAAACCCGAGAGUACAUUUGCUCGGAGAAGAUGUUGCGGUAAUAGCGUACGUCUGCUUAACUCAAAGUGUUGAUGCUGAAGGGCGACGUGAAACUCGCCAGUCGCAAGAAACUCGCAUAUGGCACAAGCGCCACAACAAAUGGAUAGCUGUCCACUUCCAUCGCUCC